GACAGGGAGGCACGCGCCCAGAUCGCGCUCCGAGUCGACGAGGGGGCUCGUGCCGGUCUCGGCGCGCGCGUGGGGAGCGGCCCGGGGGCGCCGAGGGAGCCGGCGGCAGCGAGGAUGCCGGCGCGGGGACGCGGCUGCCGGCUGGGGGUGUGAGCGAGAGGCUAAGCGCUGCCCGCUCGGCGCCUCCAUUCCGCGCCGCCCCCUCCCUGCGGGCCUCGGAGGAAGCCCCCCGCGCGGUGCGGAGGCGCCUCGGCUGCCGGGCUGCGGGGCCCCGGCCCAGCAAGAGGGAAAAGAUGCCGUUCCACCAUGUGACCGCUGGCUUGUUGUACAAGGGGAAUUACCUCAACCGAUCACUCUCUGCUGGCAGUGACAGCGAACAGCUGGCUAAUAUCUCCGUGGAGGAGCUCGAUGAAAUCCGAGAGGCCUUUCGGGUUCUGGACCGGGAUGGGAACGGCUUCAUCUCCAAGCAGGAGCUGGGCAUGGCCAUGCGCUCUUUGGGGUACAUGCCAAGUGAGGUGGAGCUGGCCAUCAUCAUGCAGCGCUUGGACAUGGACGGGGAUGGCCAGGUGGAUUUUGAUGAAUUCAUGACCAUCCUUGGCCCCAAACUGGUGUCUUCAGAAGGUCGCGAUGGUUUUCUUGGAAACACGAUAGACAGCAUAUUCUGGCAGUUUGACAUGCAAAGGAUAACUCUGGAAGAGUUGAAGCACAUUCUCUAUCAUGCCUUCCGAGACCACCUAACGAUGAAGGACAUUGAGAACAUCAUUAUCAACGAGGAAGAGAGCCUGAAUGAGACCUCGGGGAACUGCCAAACAGAGUUCGAAGGAGUGCAUUCCCAGAAGCAGAACAGACAGACCUGCGUCCGGAAGAGCCUCAUAUGCGCCUUUGCUAUGGCCUUCAUCAUCAGCGUCAUGCUGAUUGCAGCCAACCAGAUACUCCGGAGUGGCAUGGAGUAGCAGCCUCCCACCAGCCACACUGUGUUGCAGCUCACCGCGCAUGUGCAUGCCCUGCGGGCAGACUCUUCCUCCACACAGCAGACAUGGACCUUUGGACUAUGGAUGGAUGCAGACGAUGGAACCGUUCAGUAAAGAACCCAAGGUUGAGUGCAACUGGGGUUGCACUUCAGCUUCAUCUCCUUGGCAGGGACACUAAAGGGCUGUCUUCAGUGCUUUAAUGGUUUUGUUUUCUAAUGCAAUAAAUAGCCAGGAUUUCCGAAUUACUGCUUCAACCAUCAGUCAUAACUCUAGAGAAAAACUUCAUCUUCAUCUCGGAAUUCCAGCGGCCAUCCAGGUAUAAUGGUGAGAGAGCAAGAGAGAGGCAUGAACACACAGUCACCUCCACUCCCCAUUCUUUCAACCCAAGGGUCAACAGGAGACUCUCUGCUGAGGUCAACCCUCAGUUCCAAGAGGCUGACUUCUGGGUUGCCACAGAAGAGAGGGCUUUCCAUCCCACCCUGGCUUCCUUCCUCCAUCCAGUGGAGACCCCCCCCAAGGCAUGAGGGGAAAGCCAUUAAGUGGGGUGCAGCCCCUGGUGGUCUUUAGCUGCACCUCUCACCGCUUCCGUUCUUACUGCCUUUUCUAGAGGACUGCCAUUGGUAGAGCUGGGGUGCUCUCAGUUUCCGUUGGCACUUGGCUUUCUGUUCCUAGAGCCCAUCCCGCACCAGCAUUUUGGAACCUGCAGAGAGCCUUUCUCCCAGCUUUGCCGCCUGUGCUGCCAUUAGAGAAAAAAAAAGAAGCGUAAUCGUGGGCAUCUCUAUAACAUAGACAGAUAUAUAUAAUUGGCUUCUUCGUGUGUGAUGUCAUUCUUCCCUAAUCGCUUACACCUAAUAUAAGCUUGUCCUCCCUCCCACACUCAUCCCUGCUUCUUUGGGGCAGGGGUGAGGCAGGUUGAGGGGGAGGAGACUGAGACUGGUGGUGAGGUUUUGACACCCACACCCAGCCAUCUGGAGUCAUGGAGACCCACCAUGUCUCUAUGCCAGAUGACCUUUGUAAGUUAAGGUCCUUGUGCAUCUUACCUUUCCCUUACCUUGAAGUUUGCUUUGUUAGUUAGUCUUCCCCAGCUAAAAAGAGAAAUGCAAUCCAAAAUGGAAAGAUGGAGAGAUCAAAUGACUGUAUUUUACAUAAGAUCUUCUGGCCUUCAGAUUCUGCAACUGACUUAUUUUCAGGAGGUGGGGGGAAAAGAUGUUUAUGAGUUUAGCCAACAGAACAGGUAAUUUACUCCUGCCUGCAGAAUACUUUCAUUGGGGAAGGUAACUGAACCUGAACCAAGGAUCUGUUUUCAACUCCAUUCCAAGUCUGUAAUUUCCUGACUUUUCCUAGAUGUCAGCCACUACUACGAAUUCAACCUUGUGUAGUCAGAUUAGCCAGUAAUCUCUAGAUGUAAUAGUUCCCUUUGUACUUUUCCAAGCUCAGGUCUUUAUUUUGUAAUGGAAUUACCUUGCUCCUACUUCUUUUGAUUACAUCCUAAAACUACAUGCUUCCCCACUUUCUUCCGGUAUUGAGCCACCAGAAGCUUUCUUGUCUCAGUGCAGUGGGUAGGGUUUUUGGUGCAUUGUGUGUUCCUGAUCUCCCUCCCUGUCUUUCCGCUCAGCUUUUUCCCUACUGCCUUCUCAGACUUGGAGCACCCAAGGUCUCCGAUGAGAGUUUUCUCAUUCACCUCUGCAAGUGCUCCUGGCAACAGCCUGGGGGCAGCUGUAGAAACUUUCCCUUUGUGGGAGAGUGUGAAUAUUCCUGAUGAGCACAAGUAAAACUAGGGUUUGAGCCAUAGUAUAGAGGAGGGAGGAGAUGUAAGCUCCCAAGAGCCUGGGGGAUUGCAGGUCCCUCUGCAAAACUUCUUGGAGUUCAGCCCAGCAAGGCCAGACCAAGGAGGCAGCAACCUGCCUUUCCCCCUUACCUGCCCUGCUGCCUGCACACUGCAUGCCUGCCCCUUCUGUCGCUCCCGUUGGCUGACUCACCAUUGUCCCCUUAGGAUUGGAAUUCUGAACUAGAACAGGUCCAAAUGCAGAACACUAACACAUCGAACAACCUCAUCCUUAAUAUCUGCCCUGGGCAGUUUGCCCUCUCCCAGCUGGAUUUGGAUGGGAGGGCAGAGCAGAUCUUGAAGGGAUAUACUUUCCUAUCUUUCCCUGACCCCUGAACCACCAAACCACGUCCUCCUGGGGAUAGGGGUGCAGGACCCUAAGUAGACUGGGUAGAAACCCCAGGGAUGAUUCUUCAAAGCCCCCUCCCCCAUGAGAGGGGCCUGAAAUGCCGCAGCUGAGGCUGGUCUUCGGGGCAGAAAAUGACUACUUCUUCGAAGGUGGCUUUUCUGCAAGUUCUUCUGCCUCCCGCUGGAGAACAGAGACCCUUCAGGAGGUGGGAGUUAGAUUUCAUCAGCAGAGAGAUUAGCCACUGUGCAGGAGUAGGGAGGAAAAGGAGUUCUGGAGAGGCGCCAUCAUCCUGUUUUCUACAAAGCCUGCAGGAUUCCUUCCCUAACAGUGACCCUUCUUCUCACUCCCAGUGACCUGGAAGCAAGCCCACCCUCCCCAGGAGAAAAUCUAAGAGAAUGCACUCCUCUGUGGACUGCUAGAGAGAGACGGCCAGAAGGAAGAUGCGGAAUUCUUUCUGACAACUUAGGAGUUAACUUCCCACCGUGGUAACCCCCCACGUGGCACCCAGGGAACCGAAGGACACAGUGGGUGGAGACGGCCCUGAGCUAGCAGCAUUCCUUAGACUUCAGGACCUCAGAGUUUGUCCCGGUGACUUGCACCCUGAUUGCUUUUCUUGGACAGUUUUGUCUUGGGUAUAAGGAAGGCUUCUUUGUCAGGCAGCCAACUCCCAGCCCCGUUCACACAAAUUUUAUGCCAGGGCCCCAUGCCAGUCAGUGUCCCCAUCAUGGUGGCUAUGAAGCUAAUAGCUGAAGGUUCCAGAAGGUCCUGGUCUCCCAUUCCCAAGGGAUGACAUGUAGCCCCAGCUGGAGGUGACUUCUGCAGGAAUUGAGAGGGAAGAGCCCACCCCUCGCUCUGUCCUCCAGCUAAUAGACUUAGGAACCAGUGACCUUGGCUGCCCAGCUGUGGGGAGACUGAGGGAUUGACAAACGCAGGUUGGCUCAUUCUUGCUGCAAGAGCAGAUACCCACCCCCCCAGAAAAUACAAGUGAUGAUCAAGAAGGCAGUUUCCUUGGGAGAGAAGGGGAAAUGGACCCUGACUCCCUUGAUCCCCAAAGAAGCUGUGCCCCACCGUUCCAGAUACCAACAAAGCCCCCAAACAGAAUGUAGCAUCGGAACUAUUAGCAGUGGCUUCCAGAAUGUGCAUGGGUCCCACGUGACUGAUCUGACAAAAAAAAAAAAAAAGAGGGAUAUUACCAUGGCAACCCUUGCAUUCCACCCUGAAUUUGCCAAAGCACACAAAAAUAGGGAACAUUUUCUUGAAGAACACUCCCAAUUCAGCCUGAGUGCAACCUGACUCUCUGCAUCUGUAUCCUGCUGGGAGAGGCAAUUACCCUUAAAGAAUCUGGGUGGUUUCUCUGCCUUUUUGUCUUGCAUUUGAACUUGUCCUUCUAUUUACUCAAGAGAACAGGAGCUACCUGUAAGCCCUGGUAUCUCCCCAUCCCUACUCCCAGCCCCUUCUCCCAGGGUCCAGAGCCAGGACCCCUUAAUCUAGGUAAACAGGCAGAAAUAUCAUCUUGGAAGGCAAACAAGAUUUUAAGCCUCCAGUCUUUAAAAGUAACGGUUUGCCUGUUGAGACACACUCUCGCAAGCCAGACGUGUGAACUUUGGUGAACUGAGGUUUACAUGUGGUCUUAGGCAAACCCAGUGGUUUCAGAAAUGUCUGGGUGUUUUAUUUGCAGAGAACAAGAUGUGUCUUACGAGUCUCCUUUUUCGAUACCUGCCCUGUCUCAAAUUUCACUUGACAAAUGGUCUACGAUCUUGCAGUUAUCCAAAAGAGCCUAUGAAAAAUGAACAGCUGCUUUUGACAGUAAUGCCCCUCCCAACUUCCCAUUCAUAGAAUCAUAAAGCGGUAUGUUUCAGAACUGAGAGGGAAAAAUUUACCUUUUACCUGCCUCCUGCAAGGCUUAAGUCCAGACUCAGGUCAUAAAUCAAAGACAGUUUUGCACAUUGCUCUUCACCUAAAUCUAGCAGUUUCCCUGAGGCCCUGUGAGGGCAUGGACAGAAAAUGAAGGGUGCAACCACCCAGGACAGCUCCCCGGUUUGGGCUGACCUGGCCUUGUGUGGUCGCAUGUCCUGGGAUCCAUGUUUACUGUGUCCUUGCUCUCCUUCCUUGCAGAAGCCGCUAAGCUCUGCUCCUCCUAACUGCAGGUCUCAACCCCUAUUGGGUCAUUUUGCCACACUAUUUCUCCAAAGGCCCUAGUCAUUACAUUUUUCACUGUGUCACCAAGAUACAGGGAGGGUCUGGAAUUCCCCUGCUAGGAAGGGCCUCUUUUCCUAUAUCACCGUGAUGAUACAGAUGAACUGAGAUUAAACUUUUAGACUUCAGCACAUCGCACAUCCUGGUUGUAUAACCAGGAGGUCUGCAGAGCUGCGACCUGAAGAACAUCUGUCUUAAAAGACCUCAAAUCAGAACAUUCUCAUUGGCCUCUUCAGUGAUCCCCAUGGAGCUAAGAGUCCGCAACCUAAAGGCCUUACCAUAGCCAUCUUCCCUCCACACCUGAUUGCUCAACUGCCCUAGAAGGGGAGAAUCUGUCUGAAAUAGAAAAGAAGCAUUAAGGGCCAGGUGCGGUGGUUCACACCUGUAAUCCCAGCACUUUGGGAGGCCUAGGCAGGUGGAUCACUUGAGACCAGGAGUUCAAGACCAGCCUGACCAACAUGGUGAAACCCCAUCUCUACUAAAAAA